AUGGCCCCAAGUUUUCCCCUUGUCCCUCUCAUCGCUGCGAGGCCUCGCCUGCGUGACUCGAAUACCUCCGCCGACGGAGAGCUCACUACCUCGCCUCCAGCCCCGCACCCAUCUCGGGCUGCGCCGUCAGAAAGCCUGCCUUGGAGGCAGGAAUUCCAGGCCUGGACUGGAGUCAAGCCGGCAAGAUCCACAAAGGCGAAACCGACCACGGUGAUCACAGCCCACAGCUCGGGAUGGGCCGGUGGCCCUGGGGCCGGCUUCCAGGUCCCUGAGGUGAGGAAGACGUUCACUCCUAACGCCUCAGCCAUCUUCCAGGCUCCGGCUCCCCGGAUCCUCAACGUGUGACUCCCACUGAGCAGAGAGCCAGCGGGCUGGAAACGGGUGAGAUCUGGGACCGACAGCCCUCUGCUGACAGAGGAGGACUGCUCCUGCCUUCUCACCCUGGGUGUGCACUACCCCAGCUGCCACCGGGCUGCAGGCCUGGCACAGAAGGACAUGGCGCCACUCAGCCCAACUCUGGACCUCGGCCAUCCUCGGGAAGCGUGCGAAGGCUCCCGAUCUUUUAAUUGCCCAUUUGGGCCGCCCUUAUUUUUAAACCGGAAGAACUCAAGGAUGAAUUCUGUUGUGAACUGAACUGGCCCAGGGGCGCUGAGGCAUGUGGACAGCAGGUCCCUGAAAGAGCCAGUCAUGCCCGCUGUUUUCCUGGCUGCAUGGUAACCUACAGCCUGCGGUAACCAAGGUAACGUUCUUGGCUGUUCCUACAAAAGGUCCCACAUGUUCAAGCUGUAGAAGAAACCUUAGGUUAUCACCUGCAUGUGAUCCAUAAUUACCAGCAAGAAGUUGCCAAAAAAACACACAGAAGAUCAAUCACAGGGUUUCAAUUUUAAAGACAUAGUUUCUUUAUGGCCAAGAUGACCCUUGUUGUUGUU